GGAUGCGUGUAUUGGUAGAUGCACGGGACAAGCUGGGGAUUCCGUGGCAGAACUCUGAAAACGAGAAGCACGGCAUGUUUGUGAUGUCAUUUGAGGGGCGUGGUGGAGUGGCGGUAGAACCAAUGGAAUUCCAGCUUUAUGGUCUGGCGCUGGACGCUCUGUGGAGGGAUUCUGGAAUACAGGACGCCUACACACGACGCAGUGAGUUUCAACUGAGUGAGUCGGUGAAAUACUUCCUGGAUAACCUGGACCGGAUUGGCCAGCCGAACUAUAUCCCUAGUCUCCAGGACAUUCUGUCCUUCUCUCCUAGGAAGGCGUUCCUGGUGCAAUCGUUCAGUCCUUCCCUAACCGUGGGAAAAACCUCUGUUUCAUCACUCCUCCCCGUGAUCUCCAUGUGA